ACAAGACAUUUCUAGCACAACAUCAGUAAUAGUAAUCGAAACGAGAAGAGUGUAUUCUCCUUUAUAGUUCGACCUUUUGAACUGAUUUCAACCGAUCGUAAAAAACAGGCAAUAUAGGCAACGGUAAAAGUCAAUUGUAAAAUAUUUCUGUGAACAUUUCCUCUUCUCAAAAAAUAACUUACGAGAAGUAGAGAAGUCUUGCAGUCGCGACUGAUAGAGUUGAUUGGUAAAUCCUGUUGAUGAAAGUAUAGUCAAAGCUGAAACCAAGAAGUGAAGAAUACACGCCUCAGAAAUCGGAUAGAUUUAUCACUGUACAAAAUCGUACAAAAUGGGUUUUCUCAUUGAAGAGCAUCAAGAUGAAUUCACUCCAUGGACAGACUCAUUCAAGGAACACUGGACAUGGGAUAAGAAUAACAGGUCACCUGACGUGUACUUAUGUCUUGAUAACAGACUUGCAUGUUUCCAUACUGACCCUGUUACUAUGAGCACGGGAACGGCUGCCGUGAGAGGUAAUAAGGCUUUUACACAUGGAAAACACUACUGGGAGGUCAAACUCAGCGACAUCUAUGGCACAUCAGUCAUGGUUGGAGUAGGGACUAAGAAUGCUGCUUUGCAUACUGGUAACUAUGAAUAUGUCAACCUGAUUGGUCGAGACAAACAAAGCUGGGGACUCUCCCACAAGGGUGAAAUCUGGCACAAUGGGAUAAAAACAAAAUUCUGUGAUCCAUUUUUCGAUGCAACUGUAAUUGGUAUUUUACUGGAUAUGGAUUUUGGAACUUUAUCAUUCUUCAAGAAUAAGCAGCUACUUGGAGUAGCAUUCACUGGAGUUGGCAUUGAUUAUCCAGAACUUUACCCCAUUGUAUCAUCAACUGCAGCUGAAUCUGAAGUAGAAAUUGGGGAUUGCAGUUGUAAAUAUACAUCGCUGCAGGAUCAGUGCUGUAAGACAAUAUUAAAAUACGUACCAAAGGACAAAGUGAACAUGUUGCCUUUACCACCAGUCAUUUGCGGGAUAUUACAUGACACUUAAUCAUGAGGAAGACUUACAUUUUUGCAAAUAUUAGUAAUUUAUAUUGAAAUACAGAUAUGUGCAGUACUAAGCAAUUGUACAACAAUUCUUAGUUUGAACAAUCUGUUGUGUAGAUUUUAAAAUAAGUAGAAGAAAUGCAAGAAAACCUGUGAUUUAAAAAAAAUAAUUAUAAUAUACAGAUUAUGGAGAUAUCACAGUGUAAAUAGAUUAUAGAAUCAUGUAUUAUGUAAAGUAUUUAUACAAUACAACUCAAGACUCAAACUGAAUGUGUAAAUUUGUACUUUCCUGAUCCUUGAGU